CUUUGAAUUUAUAAUUUUGGUCAUCAAUUGGUUGGGAGUUUUGGGUGGAAAUCCGAUGGCUCUUUCUAAGAAAUGGGCUUCGAUAAUCUCCGUUAUCGCUUCUUCUGUGUUUACAUUCAUCAUCGUCUUCCAGAUUCCUCUUUUCAGAGUCGCGUGCAGGAACAAGAGCUGCGAAUCACCAUUGGAGGUAAUAUCCUCUCGGUUGAUUGGAAGUGAAGUCCUUCCUUCCUCUGUUGUGAAGAGCCUCCUUUAUCCUGGUGCCAUUGCCAAGUCUCUUAUCGGUGGCUCCGGACUCCCAAGCUAUCACAACUUGUUCGAGUUCUACAGUUUCCAUGAGCUGAAUAGAGCCUCUUUUUCAACCGAUAUUCGUCAUCUUGAGGUGUUUGCUGGGAGUUGUUUAUGCCUGCUUGGAGCUUUGCUGAGCCUGUUCAAACCCACAAGAAUCAGCUUUAUUGCAACGCUUCUCAUAUAUUGGGGUCUUACCACAGAGAUUCUUCUAUUGGACUCGGCUCAUGCCUUGACAAACUCUGUUCGUGUCUACCACCCAACGCUGUUUCUCGCUUCUCUUUCUGCAUUUCUCUCCAUCCGUAGCGAUGUCAGGAAGAUCAUCCGGUGUUGCAGAUCUAAGCCCUUUUCCAAAACUCUCUGACCCACAAAAAAACAAAAGAAGAGGCUAGGGUCCCUGCUUCACUAACUUAGUUUUGAAGAACUCGUUAUUACUUUA